GCGAACAACAGGACCUGUUCACUGUUUGGCAUUGCAAAGCCAGCAAUGUGCACAUUACUCAAACAGUGAGAGUUCUGUUCUCAAGGCAAGGGCGAGUUUAACAUUAAAACUGCAAUUUAUUUUAAAGGACAAUUGUUUUUUGCAAGUUUUAUUUUUGAAAGUUUUAGCCGGUUGUCAUUUACCUGGGGUGUUUUUGUUUUGCUUUUUGUUCUCCCCCCCCCCGUCCCCCGUCCCCCGAGGGGUGGUCGCCAUGCCGUCCCUCACACUGCUACUUGUGCUCAGUACCUUAGUGGAGCUCUGGCCACUCUGCCCGGUCCGGGCCAGCCCGCACUGGCGCUACAAGCGAGCGCUGGUGUCCCGCGCGGAGAGGCGGCGGAGCGGCCCAGGGGAGGAGCGCUGCUGGACGGCGGAGCGAGGAGGCAGGAGCCCCCGGCGGCGGCGGCAGCAGCAGGAGCAGGAGCAGGAGGUGGUGCGAGCGGGAGACGGGCAGCGGGGAGCUCCGUGGAGCCCGUCCCCACCCUGGGCUCCGGAUCACGGGCAGUCCCGGGGAGGAGGCGGCGCCGGGGAUAGCAGCUCGACCCCGGGAGGCUGCAGCCGCGCUGCCCGGCGCUCCGGAGCGGCAGGAUGUGAACCCCUGGCCGGCACCGUCCUCUACCUCUCCGGGGGCAAGGAGCGCCUGAAGCCGCGGCGAGAGGUCAGCAUCCCCCGGGGACCAUUCACCGCCGACAUGUGGCUGAAGCCGGAGGGAGGUCAGAACAACCCGGCAGUAGUGGCAGGACUUUUUGACAACUGCUCCUAUUCUCUUAGUGAGAAGGGCUGGAUGGUUGGCAUUCGGUCAGUGGAACAUUCUGGAAGGAGGAAUCCCCGUUUCUUCUUCUUGCUCCGGACAGACCGAGCGAGGAACGCCACCGUGGUGUUUGCCCACCAGCGUUACCGUGCCAACAGCUGGACGCGUGUGGCUGUGUCCUACGAUGGCCGGCGGAUGAUGCUGUACGUCAAUGGAGCCAGGGUCGGUGCCUCCGGUGGCCAGCUGGGGGAUCUGCACAGCGCUUUCAUGAGCUCCUGCAGGACGUUGCUGAUCGGCGGGGACAGCUCCCAGGACGGGCAUAGUUUCCGUGGUUACAUGGCUAGCUUCGCCCUGUGGAAGACCGCAAAGUCUCAGAAAGAGCUGACGCGGAGUUAUCGUCAAGGUAUUCCUGUGGGAGAUCCUUCCUUGGUCUUGGAGGCAGAUUUCUCUAAAACGGAAGACCAAUGGAUACCGGAUAAGGACAGUCACUACCCCAGUUGGGAGCUGAUGCUUCUUCCACGGCCCAAACUGACGUCUGCUCUGAGCCCUCUGGCUUGUGGCCUGACGGUUUGCGACAAUGUUGACGUCAUUGGCAACUACAACGGUUACUGGCCGCUCCGGGACAAGAAGGUCAUCCGCUAUCGAGUAGUCAAUGUUCAUGAUGACCAGCGGCGCAACCCCACUGUCUCCGGGGAGCAGAUCGAGCUCCAACACCAGGCCCUGAACAGGGCCUUCGGCAGGUACAACAUCACGUGGGAGCUCAGCGUCGCCGAGGUCCUCAACACCACCCUCCGCAACCGAGUCAUCCUGGUCAACUGCGAGAAGAGCAAGAUCGGCAAUGACCACUGUGACCCCGAGUGCGACCAUCCCUUGACCGGGUACGAUGGAGGGGACUGUCGGUUCCUGGGGAGGUGCUACGUUUGGAAAAGGAGAGACGGGGUCUGCAACAUGGAGUGUAAUAACAUCCUGGAUGACUUUGACGAUGGUGAUUGCUGCGACCCCUCGAUUACAGACGUGAGGAAAACCUGUUUCGACCCAGACUCUCCAGAAAGGACCUACAUGAGUGUGAAGGAGCUAAAGGAGACACUGCAGAUCAAUGGCUCGAUGUACCUGAACGUCUAUUUUGCGAACUCGGUGAGGGAGGAGCUGGCAGGAGCUGCCACUUGGCCUUGGGAUAAAGAAGCCUUGAGUCACUUAGGUGGGGUUGUCCUGAACCCAUCCUACUAUGGGAGACCUGGCCACACCAACACCAUGAUCCACGAGCUGGGCCAUAUACUGGGCUUGUACCACGUUUUCAAAGGAGUGAGCGAGAAGGAGUCAUGUGACGACCCGUGCAGGGAGACCGUGCCUUCGAUGGAGACCGGGGACCUGUGCGCCGACACCGCACCAACCCCUAAGAGCAAACUCUGUCGGGAUCCCGACCCUGUAAAUGACACGUGUGGGCAAAUGCAAUACUAUGACACGCCGUUUGACAACUACAUGAGCUACACAGAUGAUAGCUGUACGAAUAGGUUUACACCAAAUCAAGUGGCUCGUAUGCAUUGUUACUUGGACCUGGUGUAUCAAGGCUGGAUUCAUUCUAAAAAGCCAUCUCCCAUUGCAAUGGCUCCAGAAGUGAUCAAGCAGACCGUGAACUCUGUAACCAUUCACUGGCUGCCUCCAAUUAGUGGGAUGCUGUAUGAAAGAGAGAUGGGAAACCUAUGUGGAGACUGUGAUGGGGAUGGAAGAUUCUACCAGUAUGCAAGCACUGCUUCUUCACCACGUAUCUGUGAUGCAUCAGGCUACUGGACUCCUGAAGAGGCAGUGGGGUCUCCUGAUGUGGACGAGCCGUGUGAGCCGAGCCUGCGGGCCUGGAGCCCGGAACUGCACAUCUACCACAUGAACAUGACGGUGCCCUGUCCCCAGCCAGAGGGCUGCAUGCUGGAGCUAAUGUUCGCCCAUCCCGUGGUGGCGGACUCACUUUCGGUGUGGGUGACCUACCUGUCAGCGAGGGCGGGUGAGACCAUCACCAGUGUGGAGGUCCUGACCGUCGACGGUGAGGACAUUCGGCUCGGAGGGCCGUACCACACCUUCUGUGACAUCCCUCUCACCGUUAAAGCCAACGUCAAGAAGAGAGUGGCGGGGGUGAAGAUCUACACCUUUGACGAGAAGCUCGAGCUGGACGCCGUGCUGUUGACCUCCAGGGUCCAGGAUCCCCUGUGCACCAAGUGCAAGUCCCUGAAGUACAAGGUUGUGAGGGAACCUCCGUUUCACAUGGGGCGAACAGUGACUGUUGCUCAGGCAGAGAGAACCUUCACUGACUGGGAGGUUGUCCCAGGCAGACUUUACAGUUACCAAGUGAAGGUAGCAGCUGGAUCUGCGUCGAGUGAUCUCACCCCACCUCUUCUCUACGUACACGGCAGCCAUUUUUGUGGGGACGAACGAGUGGAAAACAACCUCGGAGAAGAGUGUGAUGAUGGUAAUUUAUUAGACGGCGAUGGCUGUUCAAGGCGGUGUCAGAUAGAGGAACAUUUUAACUGUCUGGGCGAGCCCAGCCUAUGUUAUGUUCACGAUGGGGAUGGAGUCUGUGAGGAGUUUGAGAGGAGAAGUAGUGUUCGUGACUGUGGCUUUCCGACACCAGAGGGUUUCACUGACCAGUGGGCAGCACAGGCCUUCAGCCCUCACCAGGAUGACAGGAGGUGUCCGGUUAAAGUGGUAACUGGCCAACCUGCCUUAACUAAGGUCUGUCAGACUGAAUUUCUGGAUGUGAGUGAUGGGUUGUCCCAAUAUGCCUGGUUUCCAUGUACUGUUCCCUUCUACACUGUUAAUGAAUGGGACUUUAACCAGCACUCUUUAUACCACAACUCUGAUGCUGAAAACAAGCUGUGGCUGAAGGUCAGUUUUGAUCACCCUGGUGUGGCCAGCUCGAUUCUAAUUUAUUUAUCUGCAGAUGGUACAACACUGUAUGACCAGCACCGCAAAUCGGUUACAGUCCAGCUCAUUGACACCAAUGGACGCAACCACACUCUGGGUACUCACACACUGAACUGCCAGAGGAACCCACUGAUCAUAAAUGUCACUUACAAGCACAACCUCCCCUUCUAUAAGACUGCCUCGAUGCUGCUGAACCUGUCCUCCCCACUCAUAGCUGUCUCUGGGAUAGCUCUGCGGACGUACAGCCUUUUCAAUUCCAUUGCCUUGUCCAACUGUGUUGACCAAGAAGGAUACAAGAAACACAAGAACAGUUGUGUGCGAUGUUCCUAUGAUCAAGAGCAGUGUGAAACGUUGUCAGUGAUGCAUGCAACUGUGAACUGCACUGUACAUAAUGGCGUGCAAAUGGAAUGCCUUGUCACCUGUGCUAAAGGGUUGGCUUUGAAGGCCAUAUGUGGCAAACACCUUGCUCCUCUUCAGACGGAGGUUUCCCUUAUUUGCAUAUAUGGAAAGUGGGACCGUCUUGUGACCUGUGACCCCAUUGACUGUGGUUUUCCUGACCAGUCGCACGUUUACCAUGCCAGCUUUUUCUGCCCUGAGGGUACCACCAUUGGAAAGCGGUGUACGUUCUCCUGCAAGCCACCAGCUAAACUGCAAGGAGAGAACCACUCAUUGAUGUGUAUGGCAGAUGGCUUGUGGUCACUGCCCGAGGCGUACUGCAAGGUGGAAUGCCAUACACCGCCACCAAUCGCUAAUGCCAAGCUGCUAGUGCCAAAGUGUCAACAGGGAGCUCAUGACGUUGGUUCUGUCUGCAGAUACAAGUGUGCUCCUGGCUACUACGUCCGUGGGAAUCCCGACAAGAGAUCCAGAAAAAAGUUGUUGAAGCUGCAGUGUUUGGAAGGUGGACAUUGGGAGGAAGGUGGCUGUGACCCCGUGUUGUGCGAUCCUCCUCCUCCAGUCUUUGAGGGAAUGUACAACUGCACCAAUGGUUUUGAGUUUGACAGCGUCUGCAUUAUUCACUGUUAUGACCGCACUGAAAAGGAACCCAUCCGUUGUACUAAAGAUGGCACGUGGACUGAAGACUUUACACUCUGUGAACAGGUGCAUGGAGACUGCCUACCACCUCCUGAGCUGAACUUGGUAGAAUAUAUAUGCGCGGAUGGCCAUGCAAUAGGUUCAGUGUGUGUUCCAUCAUGUCUGAUCCCACCCAGCGACGCAGUGGUUUUGCCUGAUAAUAUAACAGCAGACACUAUGGAGCACUGGAUGGAACCACCCAAAGUGCAGGCUAUGGUGUGCACAGGAAUGCUGCAGUGGUAUCCAGACCCUCACUUUAUCCACUGCAUCCAGUCGUGUGAGCCUUUCCAUGCUGAUGGUUGGUGUGACACAAUCAAUAACAGGGCGUACUGUCACUAUGACGGAGGAGACUGCUGCUCAUCGACACUUUCUUCCAGAAAGGUCAUCCCUUUUGCUGCUGACUGUGACGAACAAGAUGAAUGUACCUGCCGGGAUCCCAAUGCUGAGGAGAACCUUCACAAAGAACGGGAGCUCAGAUUUCACUAACACGAUAGAGAGUCAGACAGACACCGUGUAAUCCAGCCAGCAGCAUUCUGGCCUUGGACCAGCAGUAAUGCCACAAAACACACAUUAUUUUGUUAUAUUCAAGCGGAACGAGAGGCAAAGAUUUCUUGUUUGUUGUCCGUGAAGAUCAGUAUCAGGGAUACGGUAAGGGGUCUUAACAAUAGGCACGAAUGACAUUGAUACAGCAGUUUCACUUAAGAGACCUAGAGGAUAGGCAGUGAAGGGAUCAGACUGUGUAGUACACUGUAGAUGAUUCAUGCUGCUCCAGUAACACACUUAUAUUUUAUGCUACUAGUCAUUGUUUUGUUAUCUCUUCUCCCUCAGCCACUACAACCGAUUCUGUCCCAGGACCUCAAAACUGUGGGAAUCUAUGACUUCAUCCAUUACCUCAAACCCUCCUCUUGAAUUCCCAAUCUCUUGGUCAUCCCUGCACUGAGAAUUCAUUCAGACUGCCUGACAAUGCCACAAGCUGUGAAAAGUCUUCCUGUUCACCCACAUCGUUACAUUCCCAUUGAAAGAAUAUCUGUCCAGCCAUGUCAAAGCAUCUCCGACUGCAUCCAGUCCAGUCUUGUUAUCAUCUAUUUUAAGAGAAAAAUUCAAAGGGCUAUUUGGUUAUGAAUAAUAUUCUGACAAAGGGGAUGGAUUCUGUCACAUUCAGGUUUUGAAUACAUCCCAAUAAAGGGAUUCAAGACCCUGCCAACAUCGUGGCCUUUGUUCAUUCCGUAUGAACAUAGUCCAGUUCAGUAGCAACGCAUAGCUUAAAAAGGUUCAGUUCAUGUGACCACUUUAUACCCCUGUUCUUACUCUUCCCGCUUUAGGAUUACAAAAGCAAAAUGUGUUCAAUUUUUUUCAUUGGGAGUGGGUAAAGGUGGAGGAAAUAGCAUGAUACAACCACAAAAGGCUAUCCUAAACUGAUUCACUGAAACACAUAUCCUAUGAGUCCCACUCGACAGCUUUUUCUCCACAGCCAUGUGUAUUGUUCCCCCUUUCAGUAUAAAUUCAAAUGUUUUUUGAGAAUUAUUGAAUCUGCUGCCACCACCUUGUCAGGCCAUACAUACCAUAGAUUACCAUAUCUCAACUACUCAAAUCAGUCUUGUUGCCACUGAAAAUUGUUCUUUUUUUAACUCUAUCAUUGCCAUACUUUGAAUACCUCGCUCAAAUUCUCCUAAACGCUGAGCUGUGGAGAACAAUUCCACCUUUACUGAUUGAAGCCCCUCAUCCCUGGUGUCUGUUCAGUGAAUUGUUUCUUCACGCUUUCUGAAGCCUUAACCUUCUUCCUAAAUUCUACAGCAGUCUGCCUGAGGCUUGAUCAGUGCUUUUACAGACUUAGCAAAGCUUCCUUGUUUUUUUUUUUACUCAAUUGCUCAGCUAGUAGAGCCAAGGACUGCUUGUUUUUCUAAUAAACCUUUCUUGGCACCUUUAAGGACGGUGUAUACAUAUCUCUAUACCCAUUGCCUUUAACCUCUACUGUUUUGUUCAAAUUGCCUCUUUUCGUUCUUCCCAACAGAAUGUAAUAAGGAAAUAUUUAAAUGCCAAGUGGUAAUCAGAGGGAAAAAAAAACAAGGACCUUAAUGGGUUAACACAAUGUCUUUUCAUCUACAGCACCUGAUUCCAAAUCAACUUACAAGUAUUUGAAAGGUGCAAAUGAAGCCAUUUUGAGUUUCAUCUGUGGCACAGUUGGUAGUAUUCUAACCUGUCAGCAAGACGUGAAUUCAGUUCUCACAAAAAUUAAGGUUAAACUCCAGUGUAGCACUGUCUAAAAUGUUGUCUUUCCUCUAACUGCACUCUCAGGUAGAGACAAAAGAAAGAUCCAAGGAAACAAUCUCAAAGACCAGCAGGACAGUUAUCUGGGUGUCCAGACCAAUAUGUAUUGCUCAAUGAAACUCUCAAAAAGAGAUUGUUUUUAUGCUGCUAUUUAUAGGAGCUUGCUGUGCAGAAAUUGAUUGUUGCGAAUUUGAAGCACUUUGGGACAUCCCAUGAUUGUGUGAAAAGGGCUUUAUAAAUGUGGGUCUUUGCUUUCCUUUGUUCAUUUUUUUUUUCUUUGGUCUGUUUUGACCUAAUCACAUUCCAUUCAGCCAUAAUGAGAACUAAGUUUAGGAAGCAGGGCUAUCACAGAGUGAAAGAAACUUUAUCCUCCAUCUGACAAUCCAAAACCUGCAGCUAGCAAAGCUGGAAUCUAAAUCUAGACCUGGGUAUUGACAAUUGUUGUGGUCAUGCGGCUGAAUGCCGGAACUUAGCAACCAAACAUUGAAUAAGACAAUACGACGGUUAUCAAAGAAAUUUGAUCAAACAGCACAGAAUGAUAAAUCAGAAACAAAGGGCAUUCGGCGUCUCUUGUCCUUGCUGGUUCUCUGAUUGAGCUAUCCAAUUAAUCCCACUCUUCCUCCCCCUCCCGCCAGAUCUGUUAAAAGCUUUCCUUUUUGGAAAAGAAGCACAAGUGUUACAUUUGACUCCUUUUCUCUGCAUCAUCUUUCUUAUUCCCUUAAUACUCAACAUCAUGAGGACAUUUCAUUGACUGUAAUAUUCUUGCUUCCUCUCCUCAACCAACCCCCAACAAGCUCAAUGAAUGGAAACUGUGUCUGAUGGAAUUGGAAAAUAUUGCUCAGUUGCGACAGUGUAUCGUUCUCAUAUGCUGUGCCAAGUGAAAAUAAAAGCCAUACUUUUCAGCAAAUACACUGACCACUGGUUGCUCAAUAGCUAGAGACUGGACUUACCCCGGGCCCAAACUGCCUGUCAUUCCAGUCCUGACUCUCACCCCCACCAAACCCCAAGGCCAACUUGCUCCUAACUGGCUCCAUCCCAGCAGAUCCCAACUCACUCCCCCCAUUCCAAACUUGUUACCCUAUCCCUUCUUCACAGUCAUAUAUUCAUACAGCACGGAGGCAGACCUUUCAGUCCAACUCCUCGGUCCUAAUCACCAGCAUUUGGCUCAUAUCUCUCUAAACCCUUCCUCUUC